AUGGCUAUUGAAAACGCCGCCGUCGACACAAAUUCCAAGGGCGGCCCCAUUGCCGACUUUGCGUUUGACGAGUCCCUCAUCGAAUGGAGCGUCCCAAAAUCCGACUGGCUCGAGAUCCACGGCAAGGACUUUGGCGGCGUGGCCACAUCGGCGCUCAUCUUCGACGCGCAAGGCCGCGUCCUGCUCGUGCAAAGGGCGGCGCACGACAGCAUGCCGAAUCUCUGGGAGACGCCAGGCGGCGCGGUGGAUUCGGGCGACGGGUCGAUCCUGGCGGGGUGUGCGCGGGAGGUGAGGGAGGAGGUUGGGCUUGUGGCGCGGAGGAUGCGGCGGCUUGUUACGGAGGGGGAGGGGAGGGAGAGAUGGUCUGUGUUUACGAACCGGGACGGGACGAGGGUGUUUUGCAGCUUUGCGUUUGAGGUUGAGGUUGAGGGGGGGGAAGAGGUUGUGCUUGAUGCGGAGGAGCAUCAGGCGUUUGUUUGGGCGGGGGAGGAGGAUGUUGUGAGGGGGGUUGUGGAGGGGAGGAGGAUUGAGUUGACUCAUUUGAUGGUGAGGAAUAGGUUGAUGGAGGCGUUUCGGAUGAGGAGGGAGGAUGGGGUGAAAUGA